AUGGUCAUUGCCAAGCUCUUCGCCAUCGGCUUCGUGUCAUCAGCGGCACUGGGAUCCGUGGCAGGUCGGCUCUGCGACCGGAUCGGUACGAGGUGUGGUUGCCAGCUAUACUGCGCUUGUGCUGGGCUGUCCUGCCUCCUUAUGCAUAGCGCCGCGCUGCCCAUCUUAGCCUUCAGCCGAGUCCUGGGCGGAAUAUCUGAUUCCUUGCUCUACACGGCCUUCGAGGCAUGGGCCAUUGAGGAGCACAAACGGCAGCCUUUCCCGACUGAUGCCUCCUUGCGGCAGCUGCUGUCUCGCAUCUGCAGCUGCAUCAAUGCUGAGGUCUGUGAGUUUGAAGUGGAUGUUGGCCAAGUCGUUCAUGUCUUGUGUUGA